AGGAUCUGGGUGGUGUUACUGUUACACAUUCUCCCCCUGAUCUGUUCUUCAUUUCUUCUGCUCUUCUGUUCGUGUUCUUCAUUGCCCAAGCUCAUGGAAGGCCGUGCCGUGCUACUGUAGUCACAUUACACAUGCUACAAAUACCCCAGAGUGGCAUUACUGGCAGUGAGACAGCCUGGGACACUACGCUACUCUCCCCCAGGGAAUAGACUGUGAAGCCAUGAAUCAAGCAGGGGAGAUAGAGCGCUGUGACCUGCAGUGUCACACCAACAACACCGACCACCACACAGAGCUGAACGGUGUGGGUCGUCUGGUGGUGAGGAGGGGCCAGCCGUUCUCCCUCACCCUGCACCUGAGGCCAGGCAGCCAGCUCCCCAGCAGCUGCACCCUCACGGCUCACACCGGACCUCUGCCCAGAGAAGAAUCAGGCACCAAGGUCUCCUUUGGCCUGUCGGACUCCACCGUCAACACAGCCUGGAGUGCCUCCAUCACCAGCCCUGGUGAUGUAUGGGAGCCUGUCUCUCUGUCCAUCUGUUCCUCCCCUGAUGCCCCCAUCGGUCUCUACUCCCUCAGCCUGGACCUGGGUCACAGUGUUCCCCUGGGCCAGUUCAUCCUGCUCUUCAACCCCUGGUGUGCCCGAGAUGCCGUGUACAUGAGCAGUGAGGAGAAGAGGCAGGAGUACGUGUUGGCCCAGGAUGGACUGGUCUACAAGGGCUCUUCCACCAGGAUCAAAGCCUAUCCCUGGUUGUUUGGACAGUUUGAGACGGGCAUCCUGGACAUUUGUCUGAGGAUCCUGGAUGAGAAUCCCAAGUUUGUGUCGGAUGCAGACCAGGACUGUUCUGCCAGGAGGAACCCUGUCUAUGUGACCAGGGUGAUCAGUGCCAUGGUCAACAGUCUGGAUGACCGUGGGGUGCUGGUGGGCCAGUGGGGCGGAGACUACUCUGAUGGGGUGCGUCCAACUCGCUGGACAGGAAGUGGUACCAUCCUGAGACAGUGGGCUGAGGGAGGGAGUGUCCGCUAUGGACAGUGCUGGGUGUUUGCAUCGGUUGCCUGCACAGUCUCCCGGGCUCUGGGAAUCCCCUGCCGCGUAGUCACCAACUUUGGAUCAGCUCACGACAAGAACACCAAUCUGCUGAUUGAGUUCCUGUAUGACGAGGACGGAGAGGACAUCUCAGCUGAGUCCAUCUGGAACUUCCAUGUGUGGGUGGAUAACUGGAUGAAGCGUGCUGACCUGAGCCCAGAGUACAGUGGCUGGCAGGCCAGCGACCCCACACCCCAAGAGAAGAGUGAGGGAGUGUACUGCUGUGGUCCCGUCCCCCUGAGGGGCUUGAGAGAGGGGGAUCUGACCAUGAAGUACGACGCUCCGUUCGUGUUUGCGGAGGUGAACGCCGACGUGGUGGAGUACGUCCGCCUGACUGACGGGCGCAUGGCCAGGAUGGGCGGGUCUACGGCCACCGUGGGGCACCACAUCAGCACCAAGGCUGUGGGCAGCGACGACAGGCACGACAUCACCCACCAGUACAAGUACCCCGAAGGCUCGGAGGAGGAGAGGCGGGUCUUCCAGAAGGCCAAGCACCACAACAAGCUUCUGCAGAAGGGGGAGGAGCCUGGCCUGCACAUUAAGAUCAAGCUCCCCCCAAACAUGCUCGUGGGCGGAGAUUACGACGUGUCGGCGCGUGUCGUCAACAACCAAAUGGAGGACAAGACGUGUCGCUUCCUGUUCUCGGCGCGCAUCGUGUCCUACGACGGCAAGCUGGGCGCCAUCUGCGGUCACGCAUACGAGUCUAACCUGAAGGUCAUGAGUGGAGAGGAGAAGAGCGUUGUGCUGCGGCUGGAGUACUCGGUGUAUGGUGAGAACUUGACCUCCGACAAACAGAUCCUGCUGAAAGCCAUCGUCAUCGAUCAGGCUGGCAUGGACUUUCACAAGACCCAGAAGACUGUUGUCCUGGAUAACCCCGACAUAAACAUACACCUCCUGGGAGAACCCAGAGUGGGUCAACCUCUGAGUGCUGAAGUGUCUCUUCAGAACCCUCUCCCAGAAGGCCUGCAUAACUGCUGCUUCUCCCUGGAGGGAGCAGGGCUCACCGGAGGACACACCAUCACACACAUGGUUGGAACUCUGGGUCCUCAACAAGAAGCCAAGGUCAAAGUUGACUUCACUCCCACCAACGCUGGGCUACACAAGCUCCUGGUGGACUUCGACAGUGACAAACUGAGCAACGUUAAAGGGUUCCUGAACAUUGAUGUCAAGGAGUGACAUUCGAACGACAGAUUGAACAAACCAUAUCAAUCACAAGCAUUUGUAUUUUAUUUCUUAAUUCAGCUGAGCUGUCACAUUGCUCGACAUAAUAAGUAAUAAAGUCAGCCCACACACCGUUUGUUCCAAUGGUUCCAUUUUAUUUGUUGCCACUGAAUCACUUUUAUUACUGAAAAAACCUACUGCAGCAGUAGUCUGUAUGUGCAGAGAGAAACAGUAACCGGGUAAGAAAGAUCGAAAGCCUACUGUCGGUCUAGCCAAUAAGAUGACCUGUUGCUGCCGCCUCUCCACACCAUUGGCCAGCUCUGAUCUGACAGAUCAACUGGGCAGUGGUCCACACUGAGGAACUGGCUCUCUCAGAUUGUCUUCCAUUAUAAAAACCAUGACAGGAGUUGUCUAUGGGCACCUGAGGAUGAGACAGACUGACUGCAGUGAGAAGACGUGAGGUGGACUGAGUGUGUCCCUCCCCCAGGGCUGGGCCUGACAGCGCUUUGCUAGUUUGACCAUUUUGGAACAUGAUGCAGGUCUGCAGUCUGGCCCGACCCUCGUACCAGUUCGGUUCGUCAACCCCCCCCCCCCCCCCCCCCCGACACUCCACUGGUGUUUGUGGGUGUUUGUGGAUCUUGGAAGCGAAGCUGUGGUACAGCCAGGUCAACAACAGGCCUCGGGAGCCCUCCCACUGUCGCCUUCUAAACACGGUGGUGAGACGUGAUUGGCUAACGAGAAGGAUCCGGGACUGACCAUCCGCUGUAACGUCUGGGGAACAAUCCAGAAAAAGUCAUCUGACUGGCUGGAGGGUGAAGAUACGGUCCAAUGUGAUGAGCUGGGAUGAUGGUAGACGGUUGGUCAUAAUAUGGCUGAAACUGAACAUUUGAAUCCCCUUCCCCCUGUGAACUCACAGCAGUCACACAAUCAAAACACCCCCAACCUCUCAA